AAAAGGAUGAAAACAUUGAAGUGGCAAACCCUAUGAGCCAAAGUCCACUUGAUGCUUUGCGGGCUCCAAGGCAACAUGGAAGGGGAUUUCACUGGGAAAGAAAUGUACCAUCUGAAUUUUGAUCCCAAAGGUUAUUUCAGUAUGUACAAGAACUUUGGCCUGGGAAUCUCUCCAGGAAAUGAUGAGAGGAUACGCUUCAUUCUGGAGCAUCUCCACAAGACAUUUGCACAUGAUGGCAUCCGAGGAGACACCCUGAUCGACAUCGGCAGUGGUCCUUCCAUCUACCAGCUCCUCUCCGCCUGUGAGUCCUUCAAGGAAAUCAUUGUCAGUGAUUUAGUUGAGAAGAACCGGGAGGAGAUGCAGAAGUGGCUGAGGAAGGAUCCAAACGCAUUCGACUGGACCCCCAUCGUCAAAUACGUCUGUCAGCUUGAGGGGAACAGGGAGACGUGGCUGGAAAAAGAAGAGAAGCUCCGGAGGACCGUCAAGCAAGUCCUGAAAUGCAACGUGACUUUGGCCAACCCUUUCGAUCCUUUGGUGGUCCCUCCGGCCGAUUGUGUCCUCUGCUCUUGCUGCCUGGAAGCAGCUUCCAAAGAUUUUCCUGCUUAUCGCUCAGCCAUGAAGAAUGUGGCCUCCGUGGUCAAACCUGGAGGUCACUUUAUCUUCGUGAUACCAAUUGGAGCCACCUACUACGUGGCCGGGCAAAGCAAGUUCACCAACCUUUGCGUGACUCCAGAGAUGGUCAAAGUGGCUGUGAAAGAGGCCGGUUUUGAAAUUGUACACUUUGAGAAUCUCAUUGUGGAUUUUCCAGUGGAGCUGAGUGAUACCAAGAGUUUUGGUUUUCUGGUAGCCCAAAAGUGCAACAAAGCCUAGGUGGCCUUUGGGAAAGUGAAGGAGUGACCCUUUGAGGGAAUCCUGAACAGAUAAACAAUGCUCUCACACUUC